AUGGCUCGUGCAUUGGUGACCCUUGCCGCCUUCCUGUCCGCUGCAUCUGCAACAAAGUUACUCUCCCUAUCCGUCUCUGCCCCUUCCUCCAGUCCAGAUGUCAGUGACUUUGAAGUCGUAACAACACUCAUCAACACUGGCGACGAGACCCUCAAGUUACUCAACAACCCCGAGAGUGUUUUGUCCAAAUGGGCUACCAACAGCUUCGAGAUCUCAAAUUCUGACGGUGUUACACCGAAAUUCACUGGUGUCCAUGUCCGAUACGGUUACGAACAUGCAGCCAACUCUGACGACGAGUCUCAAUUCACCGUGCUCGCUCCUGGUACAUCUGUGUCUGUUUCCCAUGAAGUUGGCAAGUUCUACAACUUCACCACCGCAGGGGCCGGCACUUUCACGUUCAAACCAUCAAAUGUCUUUUAUGCCGUCGAGGCUGACAAGAGUUUGACUACUAUUGAGGCCAGUACGGAGCAGGCUGCGGUCACCGAGCUUACCGGACAGCUCGCUUCGACCCGUCUACUCUCCCCUGCUUCCCUCGGUGGUGUAAUCCCUGCUGCCCACCAAGCCGGUGGGCUCCAAAAGCGUGCUAGCUACAAGUCCAACUGUGCUACUACCAGGAGAACCACCAACGACCAGGCUCUCACCGCUGCUGCCACCCUUGCCUCUAGAUCCGUUAGCCAUCUCACCGCAAACCCUUCUGGAAGUACCACGCAAACAACCUGGUACGGUACCUUCGCGUCUUCAAGGUACUCGGUGACUUUGAGUGCCUUUAGGACUCUUCAAACUGCGCCAUCUGGCUGGACAUACGACUGCUCCUGCACGGACACUAGUACCUACGCCUAUGUCUACCCCAGCACCUACGGAGUAGUCUACCUCUGUGGUCUGUACUGGAACGUUGCUACCACUGGGUCCGGAUCUCGCGCUGACACUAUAAUCCAUGAGGGUACACACUUCCCUCAGGUGUUGGGUACAGAUGAUGUUACAUACGGUGAGGCUAGCUGCAAGGCCCUUGCGAAAUCCAACCCCGCUCAGGCCGUCAACAAUGCAGACAACCACGCUUUCUUCUCUGACUAUGUUUAA